AUGCCUCUCGCAAUGGAUCUCCUUCAUCCCUCUCCUGAAGAGGAGAAGAGGAAACACAAGAAGAAGCGCCUGGCGCAGAGCCCCGAUUCCUACUUCACGGGUGUCAAAGGCCCAGGCUGCUAUAAAAUCACCACGGUCUUCGGCCAGGCACAAACAGUCGUUUCGUGUGUUGGCUGCUCUGCUGUCCUCUGUCAGCCUACAGGAGGAGAAGCAAGGUUCACGGAAGGAUGCUCCUUCAGACGGAAGCAGCACUAA